UGUUUGUGUAAAAAGAUGGUUAUAUUGUACGGUAAUGUUUAGAAAAAUAUUUUAUAGUAGAAAAAAAACAGUGGGGUUCAGUGUUGUUGGGUGUUUAAUACAAAAUGAACGCAACUAGCUUAUAUGUUUCAACGUGUCGACUUGUUCUUCAAGCAGAUGCAGAAGAUCCAAACUCUUGGACUGAUCUUUACAGGCUAGUUCCAUACUUACGCCAAAGUCUCAGCUGUACAGUUUGCUCGAACCUUUUAAUUGAACCACAUACACCAACUGAGACCAAUUGUCAACAUCAUGUGUGCCGUGGUUGUCGAGGAGGUCGUAAAAAACUUAAACCAUCAUGUGGAUGGUGUAAAGAUUAUGACAAAUAUGUUGAAAAUGUUCAACUCCGAAUACUCUUACAAUGUUACAAAAAAUUGUGCGAGUAUCUUACUAGUACGAACAUUUAUCGUAACCUCAUUAUAUCUGUGUCUUCCAAUGCUACAAGCAACGGUGCCGCUGCUGUUGGAGCAACGAGUUUGAUGGAAUUAAUCCAAGAAGGAACAGGCUUCAAAGAUGAAUUUAAAAGCAAUGCCGGAUUGUCUAAGUCCGCUUACAGUAUUCUUCCUUGUGUCUAUACUAGCACGACGUCAACUCAAACCCAGGCCAAUGCUGUUCAACCUUCAUCCGACCCAAUACCUUCAAAUAUACCUGAAUCUCCUGCGAUUAGGACAGUAUCCAAUGGAUCUUCGAUAUAUUCUGUGAUGUAUGCAGGCUCUGGUAAUAAGAUAACAAUAAAACGAAAAGCUGCUGCAGUGGAGGAUACAGAUAUUAACCAACGGGAAGCUGAUGUUACAACGAGAAACACUGUAGGCGGGGUAAAAUGCAUUCCAUCUUCCCAACUUUCAUACGGGACAACUUCUCAGAAAAAGUCGUCAAAGGGCAGCAAAUCAUCAACAAGUUUCAAAAAACCCAGAUCUAGUUCCACGAGGAGUAAAAGAAAAGGAUGUAGAUGUGGUAAUGCGACUGCAAUACCCGGGAAAUUAACAUGUUGUGGUCAGAGAUGCCCUUGUUACGUUGAGAGUAAACCUUGUAUUGAAUGCAGAUGUAGAGGAUGUAGGAAUCCACAUACUGCUGAUGGACUGAAGAUUCGACCACAUAUUCCAGAACUCCACAAUUUGCAAAUACAACUUUCGAGUCCUCUAGAUUGCGAUAGUUUGAAUUCCGAUACAUUAAGUUCAGUGCAACAGUGUUUAUCAACAUCACCAACAACUAUUCAAGUUCUAAAUGUUUACUCUACACCACGGUUAGAUAUUGAUAAUGUACCGCAGAAUCUUCCUGCUGCAUUACUUGUUGGUGAAGAUGCAAUGGUUAGUACGGAAAGCGAAGCUGAAGAUAGUGAUAUUCAGAUUGAUGUUUGACGACGUGAUUAAAGACGCUUAAGUAUAAAAAGCGUCAUGUGCAAAAUAACUAAAAUUCAUUUUAAAUGACAAAUAUAAAAAUUAUCACAAGAUAAUUGAAUAAUUUAACAAUGAAAUAAACAUAGUUAAUAAUAACAAAUGAAAAAAAAUAGUGUAUAAAAUGGAAAAAUAUCUCACAAUUAAUGGUGAGUUAAUUGAACAAAUAUCGUUGCAAAGUUUGUAUUUGUAAAAAGUGUAAUUUUUAGAAACAGUGAUCGUACAGUUAUAUAGUUUUAUAGGUAGAUUUAUUAUUAAACAAUUUUUUGUACAUUAAAGUCAAUUGUAAUCAUCCCCGUUUUCACGUACUAACUUUAUCUUCAAAGUAGUAACAUUCAACAUGUCUAACUCCAAUAAUAAUUCAAGUAAAUCACUGUUGGCUAUAAUUCUCACACUGAUUUACGCGACAUAAAUACAAUAAUGAAUCUAAUGGUUUUCAGAAAAAAUCACAAUAUUUUAAUAGUAUUAACUGCUGUAUCAUAUCAUACAGUUUAUUUUAAAGGUAAUAAGUAUUAUACUUUGAAAAAUAUAUUUUUAAAAGCUUACCUGCUCUAAAAUCUCUUUCUACAACCCAUUGGUUUUUUUUAAACCAGUUAGUUUAUGAACCAUUAAACUAAACAGAAAUAAUGAAUGCAUUUAAAAAUGUCUUCUGUUCUUGUAGAAUUCUUUUUAAUUAUUUAUUAUCCCAUUCUAACAUGGUAAUGAUAGUAAAUAAACGUUGUCCGUGGCCACAGUGAUUACAUCUGCAGUUUUUUAUAAUAAAACAUUUAAAAAAUAGUAAUAGUUUAAUGGAAAUUAUAAUUAAUUUUUAUACAUAACAUUAAAAAGUUACGAGAUCCAUUAGAAUUAAAAACAUUAUAAAUACAUAUCCACAUAUUAGUGGUUUGCUCUUUUAUUUCACGUUUAAUUGAGUAACACAGGGAAUUCGAACAAAUGUUUACCAAAAAAAGACAAGAAUGUCAUUGUAAAUACAACAAAAGUAAUAAAACUGUAAUUUGUUUGAUAAUUGUGUAAAUGCUAUCUGUAUCAAAGACUUUUAAAUUAUAUUUUUAGGAUAUGAUUGUUGAAAACAGAAAAAAGAUUAUGGCUGAGUAAUUGUCGAUUUGUUUAAUGAAGAGAAAGCAAUGAUUAAAAAAAAUGAUAAAAAAUACUAAUUCCUUAACUAGUACAAAAUUGUAGUAAUUAUUAAAAACGUAGAGCAUUUUAUUAUGACUGCUACUGUGAAGCACAUGUGAAUGGCCUUAUUAUACUGUCGUAUAAUGAAUUGAGAAAAAUUAUUAUUAACAAUUUUUCAUUGUUACAUAUAUUCUACUUAAAAAAAAUUAUUCUUUACCACAAGUUAAAAAUAUUCGGUUGAUAAUUAAUUUGUAAACAAUAAAAUCUGGAAUCGCCGAGAAAGCUAAUAAAGAAGGUGUAUUAUAAAAGAAUAGACCUUGUCAUCAUUGAUGA